UCAAGUUUUGUGGGCCCACAGAGGGGGGAUACGAAAGCUGGUCUGUUUUUCAGAUGGCCUCUAAGAGGAGGUCCCGCUGAGCACAGAGGGUUUAUAAAGGUUGUGUCAUGUGUCUAUGAAGCCAUCUUCUUUCAGUUUUGGGCCAUUUUCCUCUCUCCUCAUUCCCUUGGUUCUUUUCUUUAGCAUUUUACACAAUGUUGAGAUGGACACUUUUAAGGAUGAUGUUUUUUCUCUGGAUGACAAGAGUGACACUUCAGGGCGGCACAGCACCAGGAAGUAAUGGUCAAAGUGCCUUUCUUCCAGCAGCCAAUGGAAAUGAAGGUCAAUUUAAAGGUUUUGGAGCUUCAGCCACUGCCAAACAAAAUGGAUAUGGAGGAAAAUCCAAUGCCCCUGUUGUCCAGAAAGGAUAUGGAGGAAAACCUAUGAACUAUGGAGCUGUGUCUGCUAUUGCAAAUGGACAAGCAGCCAAACCCAAUGGUGGUUACAAGAGCAAACAAACUCAACCUGGAUAUGGAGGCCACCCUCCAUAUGGUGGAAUUGGAAUGGGCAUGGGAAUAAUGAAUCAGCAACCAGCCAAUCAAAGAGGAGGUUAUGGAAAUGGUUAUGGAUAUAACCACAGAGCUCCAGCGUUUGGUGGAUAUGGUAAGGGGCCUGGUGCUCCUAAUGGACAAGGAACUAAACCUAAUGGAUAUGGUGUUCCUUCUGGAUAUCCCAAUGGAGGGGCGGCCAAAGGACCUAAGCCAGGAUUUGCAGGAGCAGUUAAGGGACCUAAUGCUGGAUAUGGUGUUCCUUCUGGAUAUCCUAAUGGAGGGGCGGCCAAAGGACCUAAGCCAGGAUUUGGAGGAGCAGUUAAGGGACCUAAUGCUGGCUCUUCUCUAGGAUAUAUGGGUUAUCCAAAUUUUGGGAUUAAGGGACCUAAAUCAGGAUAUGGUGCUAAGGCAGGAACCACCAAUGGACAAGGAGUCAAGCCCAACGGAUAUGCUCUUCCUGCUGGCAUGACCAAAGGUGUUAAAUCAGGAUAUGCCCCUAUAAAAAAUGGAAAUGGAGGCACUUUCGGUGGAAAGGGAACUAAAGGGGAAACUUUGAGCCCUCAUGCAGAAGGGCAUCUCCCAGCAUCAUCUAACACAAAGGGCUUUUUACCACUAGCGGAUCAUAAGUCAAACACAAGAUUACCUUCAGCACUAAAUCCAACUAAAGACAUUGCAUCAGUUCUGCAACAAACAAAAGGACCAAGAGCAUUUCUUCCACAGGGCAAAGCCCCCAAACCUUUGGCACCUCAUCCUGGUGUACCACAAGGAAUGCGUUCAAAUCAGUUUGUGCAGGGUCCGUCCUCUUAUAAACCAGGUAAAGCUUACAAACCAGCAACACAAAGCAAAGGUUUGAAACCAGUUGCACCAAUAGUUUCCCAAGAACAAGAAGCACUUUCUGCAGCAGGGUCAGCUUCCAUUCAUAAAGGGAAAGCUCCAAAACCGUUUCCUCAAGUUCCAGAAACUGUUGCGAUGGGACCACAAGAAGUCAUUACACAGGAACAAAGCAUGAGACCUGUGGUACCCCAACCAAUUACUCCACAAGCUGGUAUUUAUUCAACAACAUCUCUGGUAGGUCCACAAGCUUCAGAACCAAUGCCAGAGAUGCAUCAAAUUCCACCCGCCUUUCAACAAAAGCAGCCUUUGAAUCAGCUGAAGGAUCCAUCAGCAACAAAUACUGAACUCACUGGUCUGGGACAAACUAAUGGACAGCAGCAGGCUAAACCAACCAAACCUGAUUGUGGUCCUGGAGGAAGACCUAAUGGACAGUGGAUCAAGCUGCCAAGUCCUGGGUCGAUGUACCCCAAACAAAAUGGGGCAAAGCCAUCACAUCCAGGUUUUGGAGCAGAAGUGAGGGGCUCUGCUGUCCCUGGAAUGACCAAUGGCUACAAAGGUCAAGCUGUCCAUGAUGGUGCUGUCAAAGGCAAAGCAGCUGGUCCUCAAGGCAUGCUACCAAAAGGAUUGGGAUCAAAAGGAAAAUCCCAAACAAAAUAUGGCAUAGGUGGACGAGCUUUUGGUGGUUCCCCGAAUGGGUAUCAAAAGAACCCCUUUGGAAAAUAUGGUAAUGACGGUCUGCAAUAUGGAAACAAACCUUACAAUGCAGGGGGAACAUAUGGUUUUGGCAGUUUACCCUAUAAUAAUCAGCACUUUGGACAUGGUGGUGACAAAUUCUCUGGAAAACAUGGUAAUCCAGCUGUGCCGUAUGAGUUCUUUGGCCCAGUGACAGAUGGACAAUCUGUUGACGAAAGCAGAAAUCUGGAGGCUUUGCACCAGGGCCCUCAGAUUGAUGGACAGAAAUCAAUUGACCAUUUUGGUGAAGAAGAGGUCCCACCCCAGCCUAAUCAACCUGCGAUACUGGCAGCUGUAGAUCAACCUGUAAAAUCCACUGACAAAUACGAAACGGGACACUAUGCCAAUGAAAAAAUACAACCAGAAGUUGUUUCAUUCCCUGCUGCUCCCACUGAAGGCCCCGUCCCUGACGUUCCAGCAAUCACCUCAUUUGACUCCGCCCACUUAUCAACUGGCUCCUCCCUUUCACCUGAGGGCUCCCCUCUCGCACUCUUCCCAGUGCCUGUAGAGUCUGCGGUGUCUGAUGUUGUUUCUGAGGUGUCCACCUCGCCUUUGCCCCCUCAGCCUGAACUGCCCACUUUCAUGCUGCAGCCUGCACCACCACAACAGAUCCACAUCCAACAGCACAUGAAGUUCCACUUCCACCCACAAGGCAAAUCUCAGACAGGAGGAAAGGAAGGCAAAUAUCAUUUGAAUGGAUUCUUUGGCAGCAAAUACCAAGGAUAAUUUGGAAGUGAAAAAUUGUAUCUUCACUUGAUAUUUUGUCUGUGAAUUGUUGUAUAUUUUUCUGUAUUUAACCUGUAGUUUUGUAUUUUUUUUAUGUAUUUUUAGUCCAUUAAGAGUUAAAAAU